GUCAGUUUAGAGUUAAAUCGUUGAGAAGAAAUAAAAAAAAAAUAAAGUUUGGUGCUAAUUAAGAAGUCUGAUUCAAAAACAAAUAAAGAUUUUGUUAGAUAAUAUCAAUAAGUUGUAGGAUUAAAAAAUAUAAUAAAAUUCCCCGAAUUGUUAAACGCAUCUAUAGUGUGGAAUAUACUUUAAAAAUGGGAUUAGUGCUGUUGAUAUUUUUAAGUUCACUGGCUGUGUUGGUAAAUUCACAAGGUGAAUCAUGUACAGCAUAUGACAAACAGCGUGGUCAAUGUGUAGCACUGCCGAAUUGUAAUAGCCUCAUAUCACUUUAUCGGCAAGAUCGGUCGCAAAAUACAAUUAAUAUUUUACUUGCAAACCAAAAAAGCUGUGGCAACAGAAAGUCUGGAAGGAAUCCAUUAAUGUGUUGUAGUGAUGGAGUUCCACAACAAGUUGCGCCUCCUAUGAAUCAAAGGACAGGUCCACCUUGUAGAACACCUGAUGAAAUCAGUGGAUAUUGCAUCAAUGUUAAGCAAUGUCCAGUUGUACUUAAUACAUUCAUACAAAGACAAAAGGAUCCAGAAUACAUCCAAUAUAUAAGAAAUUCAAAUGCCAGAUGCGAUUAUGCAGCACAAACAAUUUGUUGUCCAAAUGAAGAUUCACCCGCUACACAACCACCUCCACCUCAAACAUCACCAGCAUCACUUUCGUCUAGAUCUCAAUUAUUCACACCACCACGAUGCGGUAUGAGUAAAGUUCCACAUAAUCGUGUUGUCGGAGGUGCACCAGCAAAGCAAGGAGGUUGGCCAUGGAUGGCAUUGCUCGGAUAUCGUAAUGAUCUCGGAGAGCUCGGCUGGAAAUGUGGAGGUUCAAUCAUCAGCAAUCGUCACAUUCUGACAGCUGCUCACUGUAUCCGCAAUGAUUUAUUUGUUGUUCGAUUGGGUGAACAUGACUUAAGUGAUGAUACAGAGGCACAACAUGUUGAUAUUCCAGUCAAACAGAAGAUUGUGCAUCCAUCGUAUGAUAAGAAAGAUGGAAAUAGUGAUGUUGCUAUUCUUGUGCUGGAAAAUGACAUUCCAUUUUCAACUCAAAUAACACCAGUCUGCAUUCCAUUAAACGACGCCGAAAGAACAAGAAACUUUGUUGGAUAUACGCCAUUUGCUGCCGGAUGGGGACGAACACAAGAAGGCGGACGGUCAGCAAAUGUUCUUCAGGAAAUUCAACUUCCUGUUGUAGACAAUAAUGUGUGUAAAGAAAAUUAUGCAGCCAUUAACAAAGUUGUUACUGAGAAGCAGUUCAAUGAUGCUGUUUUAUGCGCUGGAUAUGAGGAAGGUGGACGUGAUACAUGCAAUGGAGACUCCGGUGGUCCAUUGAUGUUCCCAUUGGUGAAAAAUGGAGAAGCUAAUUACUAUCAAAUUGGAAUUGUAUCAUAUGGAAUUGGAUGUGCUAGAGCUCAAGUUCCAGGUGUUUAUGCGCGCGUAGCUACAUUCUCCGACUGGAUUAAAAACAUCGUCGAAACAACGUAAACAUUCGAUUGAUUCAAGCUUCUUAGCUUUAUGUAACUUAUUUUUCUAUGUUCAAGUACUUAAUAAAUUGACAAUAAAACAAAAUACAGAA